AUGCAGCAACCGCUCCUCCAGCUCGUGCUCGCCGUCCUCUUCUCCGCCAUCGCCUCCUCCUCGCCGGCGCUCGCCUCCUCCGCCGCCGAUGAAGGCUCGGCGACCUACAUUGUGUACCUGAACCCCUCGCUGAAGCCCUCGCCGUACGCCACGCACCUGCACUGGCACCACGCCCACCUCGACUCGCUCUCCCUGGACCCCUCGCGCCACCUCCUCUACUCCUACACCACGGCCGCGCCGUCCGCCUUCGCGGCCCGCCUGCUCCCGUCCCACGUCGCGGAGCUCCGCGGCCACCCCGCCGUCGCGUCGGUUCACGAGGACGUCCUGCACCCGCUCCACACCACGCGCUCCCCGCUCUUCCUCCACCUCCCGCCCUACACCGCCCCAGCCCCUGAGCAGGGCGACGGCGGGAGCUCAGACGUCAUCGUCGGGGUGCUCGACACCGGCGUCUGGCCUGAGAGCCCCAGCUUCGUCGACGCCGGCAUGGGCCCCGUGCCGGCGCGCUGGCGCGGGACCUGCGAGACCAACGCCACCGACUUCCCCUCCUCGAUGUGCAACCGCAAGCUCAUUGGCGCGCGCGGCUUCUUCCGAGGAUUCGGGGCCGGCGGCGGGAACGGUUCCCACGUCAACACCGAGCUCUCCUCGCCGAGGGACCACGACGGGCACGGCACCCACACGGCGUCCACCGCGGCGGGGGCCGUCGUGGCCGACGCGAGCCUCCUCGGGUACGCGCACGGCACGGCGCGGGGCAUGGCCCCCGGAGCACGCGUGGCGGCGUAUAAGGUGUGCUGGCGGCAGGGCUGCUUCAGCUCCGACAUCCUCGCGGGCAUGGAGCAGGCCAUCGACGACGGCGUCGACGUGCUGUCCCUAUCUCUCGGCGGCGGCUCGUACCCGGUCUCGCGGGACCCCAUCGCCGUCGGCGCGCUCGCGGCCACCCGCCGCGGCAUCGUCGUCGCGUGCUCGGCCGGGAACAGCGGGCCGUCGCCGUCCUCGCUGGUGAACACCGCGCCGUGGAUCAUCACCGUCGGAGCGGGCACGCUCGACCGGAACUUCCCGGCGUACGCGAAGCUCGGCAACGGCGAGACCCACGCCGGCAUGUCGCUCUACUCAGGCGACGGGCUCGGCGACGACAGGUUCCCUCUGGUGUACAACAGAGGCGUCCGCGCGGGCAGCAACGCGAGCAAGCUGUGCAUGGCGGGCACGCUGGACGCGGCGGCGGUGAAGGGCAAGGUGGUGCUGUGCGACCGGGGCGGUAACUCGCGGGUGGAGAAGGGGCAGGUGGUGAAGCAGGCGGGCGGCGUCGGGAUGGUGCUCGCCAACACCGCGCAGAGCGGCGAGGAGAUCGUCGCGGACAGCCACCUGCUCCCUGCCGUCGCCGUCGGCGCCACGAGCGGCGAGGCUAUAAGGAGUUACGUGGAGUCCGAAGCAGACGCGGAGGUGGUGCUGAGCUUCGCCGGCACCGCGGUGGACGUGCAGCCGGCGCCGGUGGUGGCGGCGUUUAGCUCCCGCGGGCCCAACAGGCAGGUGCCGCAGCUGCUGAAGCCGGACGUGAUCGGGCCGGGGGUGAACAUCCUGGCCGGGUGGACGGGGUCCGUCGGGCCGACCGGGCUGACCAUCGACGAGCGGCGGCCGGCGUUCAACAUCCUGUCAGGAACAUCCAUGUCGUGCCCUCACAUCAGCGGCCUGGCGGCGUUCGUCAAGGCGGCGCACCCCGACUGGAGCCCCAGCGCCAUCAAGUCGGCGCUCAUGACCACGGCCUACGCCGUCGACAACACCGGCUCGCCCCUCCUGGACGCGGCUGCCGGCAGCGCCAACAGCACGGCCACGCCCUGGUCCUUCGGCUCCGGCCACGUAGACCCCGUCAAGGCCCUGUCCCCAGGCCUUGUCUACGACACGUCCAUCGACGACUACGUCGCCUUCCUGUGCACCGUCGGCGGUGCCUCGCCCCGGCAGGUCCAGGCCAUCACGGGGGCGCCGAACGCGACGUGCCAGCGCAAGCUCUCCAGCCCCGGCGACCUCAACUACCCAUCCUUCUCCGUCGUGUUCGGCCUCCGGAAAUCGCACACCACCGUCAGGUACCACCGCGAGCUCACGAACGUCGGCACCGCCAGCUCCGUGUACACCGUGAAGGUCACCGGUCCACCCAGCAUCGUCGUGUCCGUGAAGCCAGCCAGGCUCGUGUUCAAGAAGGCCGGGGACAAGGUCAGGUACACCGUGACGUUCAAGUCGACGGCGCAGGGCGGCCCGAUGGACGCCGCGUUCGGGUGGCUGACGUGGAGCAGCGUCGACGGGGAGCACGACGUGCGGAGCCCGAUAUCCUAUACGUGGGGGAUGUAA